AUGAGGCUGUUCAGGUCCAUCAGCAAACCCUUCUUUUCCCAGGCUCGCACGAUGACAACCAUUGCGACCCUCAAGCGGCUAUCAGCCAAGUCUUUGUCGGAGAAGAUUCUCGAGGAGGUGAACGCUGCGGACCCCACGUUUGCCAUUAUUGAUGUUCGUGAUGAUGACUACAUCGGCGGCCAUAUCAAGGGUGCAAGCAACAUCCCCGCCCACACUCUCGACGCCAUGAUGGCGACCCUCGUGCGCCGCCUGAAGGAUAAGAAGACAGUCGUCUUCCACUGUGCCCUCAGCCAAAUCCGAGGACCCAGCGCCGCGCUCAAGUACCUCCGCGAGCGGGACGGCCUGCUGCGCUCCAUGGGCGAGGAUCCCAAGGGAGCAGACGGGCAGGAAGUGUUUGUGCUGGAUAGAGGGUUCUCUGGAUGGCAGGAGCUGUAUGGAGAGGAUGAGAGGUUGACGGAAGGGUAUGUGAAAGAUUUGUGGGAUAAUUACUGA